AUGCAUUACCUGAUAUUACUGGCAUUUUUUGCCACAGCCCAUUCACGUGCGGUAAACAUCAGCAAUACAUGGGUUCUUCCGGAAGAAGGCUUCCCGGUAUUCUACCGCUACUUCAGGGACCGUAUUUCUUGGUAUGAAGCUGAUGCUGUCUGUCAGUUUCAUCACGCCAAUCUUGUGACAGUUGAUACCACGGCUCAAUACGAUGCUGUACGAGCAUAUCUCAAGGAACUAGAUAUUUAUAGUGCGGUGUGGGUUGGACUAAUAAGAAGCAAUCCAGAGGGCGAAUUUACCUGGACUGACUAUCGUGGAUUAAGUGGUGACGGCUAUUGGAGCUCUGCGCCUGAUCCUCGUAUUGCGCCAUUAUGUGCUGCUGCAGAUCCUGGCGCUGAUUAUAGAUGGGAGGCCCGCAACUGCGGUGGACCAACCGUUGCUUCCUUCAUAUGCGAAUUACCAGUACCACAAUGGGCACUUGGCAACGAGGGAUGUAUGGUUCGAGCCCUGCCAGCAUUGACUAUUUUGUACUUGCCCGAAAGUGCUGCUGUUCAGCUUACGGCAGAUUGCGGUCUAGCGGGCGUUAAGCGCAUUCAGUGCAAUGGAAAUGUGAAACGUGAAGAUCUCCUUAAAGAUCUUUCUUGCACUGAAGAAGUUGAAUUGUCAAGUCCAUCAAAUAAUUUGUCAAUCAAUAAUAAUAAUAAUAUCACUACUGACACAACCACUAUAAGUAAUAAUCACGAAACGACAAGCAUCAUGCCAGAAGAAAAACAAACUAUUAAUAAUGAAGACGAUGAUAAUCAAUUGGCUAACAUGAUAUCAAAACCUUCUCACUUAGAUCGAAUUACACAAAAAUCUUUACUUAUUAAAUUACCACCUACAAUGAACCCAAUUUUGAGUGAAAAUAACAAUAUUUUAAUGCGUAAAAAUAUUAAUCUGGAUGUAAUGGAAAAUAACAACCUUCAAAGUAACGAUAUCUCAAAAUUAGUUAAUAAUGAUAAUUUUUUGACGAAUUAUAGAAUAGAAAAGAUGGAAGAUGAAGCAAAUAUGCAGCAUAAGAAGCUUCACGACGAACUUGCAAGACUUGGUAAUUUUGAAACUAUAUUCACGCAACCCACCGAUCACUUUGUUCCACCGCUAGUUAUUGCAAAAGCAAGGCUUGGUGAUGAUAUGAAUGUACUGUCUUUAGAAGAAAAACACGCCCAACAUUUAAACACACAUAAUUCGUUAAAACAUUCAAAUGAACAGAAUAGCAUUUUAGGCGUAAAAAAUAAGCUUUUAAUAACAACUGAACAGCCAAAUUUCGUAAGCACCCCCAAUUUAAGUGGGUUAAGUACAGAAAAAGCAGAAAUACUAGGAAAUGAAUUAAAAAAAGAAAAUACUAAAAAUGCGUUACCAAAAAAAUAUAUUCACAAAGGCUUUGAUUCCAAUAUUUCAAGUAUCUCAAUAGGAAUGACAAAAAAAGAAAAUAAAGUCAAGAUAAAUAAAAAUAUUAAUGUUGUUUUAAAUGAGAGUAAUCGCUCUUCUGUUUACUCUUAUACGAAUUUGAAUGAAACCUCAUCAUUAAACACUACAACUGCAAAUAAUUUUGAUGAUAUUCAGAAUGACCCUGUCAUUGAUUUAACAGUUACUUUACGGGAUAUGAAUAAACACAACGAUUCUUAUUCAACAAUAGCAAGUAAAAAAGAUGAGAUUGAUAUGAAACUAUUAACAAAUGUAACAGAGUCGGAAUCAUCGAAUAUCGACGUGAAUUCAAAAAACAUUUCUCAGUUGACUUUCCAAAAUGAUACAUUUAGCAAAUCUGAUAAUAUUGACGAACUGGUCUCACAAAAUAAAAUAAUUAAUAGUAGUAUACGAAACGAGAGUAGUAAUUUUAGCACUCAGUCUGAUUUUGAUAUUAUAACAAAAACACCUAUUUUCAAAGAUGACUUUGUUACCUUGCCAGUUUUAAAUAAUCCGGUAAAUGCUGAUUCCUUCACCAAAAUUGAAAAGAACAACAUUACAGAUAACACACAUGUUGAUAUCCCUACUGCAACUACACAGAGCGAUAUUAAUUCUAUUAAUAUGGUCGAUUUACGACUUACUACUUUAAAUUAUUCAAUAUCUGUCCCUAUUAAUACCGUGACUGAAGCAGGUUCUACAAAUAUAAGCGAAAGUGCAGAUAUGAAUACAGAAUCUACACCUUUUGUUUAUAUUUCAAACAAGUCUGAAAUUCUUAAUAAAAUGAACCCAGAAUCACAUGCAACUUACGUUCCGUUUGUAAAUGAUGUUUUUAAUAUCACAGACGGUAUCGAAGAUACAGUAAACAAUUCAAGUAAUUUGGAAACUAUUGAUGAUUUCCAAUCACCAUUACUAUCUGCUGCAAAUGAACCUUUGCAACGGCCCAAUAGAUCUAGAAGACCGAAACAGCCACUAAACAGAAUUAAUAAAUUUAAUCCAUUUCGUAUAUUAGGAUAA